UGUUUUUGUUUCACGUGCAUGUUCAUUUUCAACAUGGCGGCGACCGUGGUUACAAGUUUAUGUUUCUUACAGCUGCAUAAACUGUCAUGCUCGAGGAAUAUAUGCCGUAAUUUAGUAACUGUGGGCCUAUUCGGUAGUGACAAAACGCGACCGAACCGCUUAACAGGCAAUAGUUAUUCCCACAUUAAACAGGCAUCGCAUUUUACACAGGACGAUCGGCUCUCGCGCAUCCCGGUCGAUAAACUGAAGAUAACAUACAGUCGGAGCAGCGGACCCGGCGGUCAACAUGUCAAUAAGGUCAGUACAAAAGCAGAGGUCCGUUUCCAUGUGCAAACAGCAGAAUGGAUUCCAGAAGAAGUGAGGCGAGAGAUUCUCUUAAAAAAUAAAACACGUGUCAACAAAGCUGGAGAGUUGAUUGUGACCUCAGAGAUUAGCAGAAGCCAAAAGAGAAAUCUAGAAGACUGUCUUCAGAAGAUCUCAGAAAUGAUUACUGAAGCCAGUCAGCAGAAACCACAGCCUUCUGAGGAGGAUAUCGCUCUGAGAGCUCAUAGAUUAGAGAAAAUAAAUUUGGAAAGACUUAAACAGAAGAAAUUACAUGCGGCAACAAAGCAAGCAAGACGAGUUGACUUUGACUGAACCCAAAACAUGAGUGUUUGUUCUGUAUUCAAACUUUGAUAUAAACAUUGCAAAAUUACACUGUGAAGGUGGUAUGUUCUUUUGCUGAAUGUCGUGUAUAGCAUCUAUUGAAGUACAUUCCAGAUUACUUUAAUCAACAUAGGAAUUAAAUCAUUAAUUAUUCAGUAUUAAUUAAUUAAUUAAAUACUAUUGUAGCGCAUUUAUUAGAAUUAAGAUAUUUGUAUGACACUAGAAU